AUGGAUGUUAGUCAUGUAUUACUUGGUAGACCUUGGCAAUUUGAUGUGGAUGUUACAUUUAGAUGGCAAGACAACACUUGCAUGUUCAAUUGGGGGUCUCAUAAAAUUGCUAUAAGUCCCAUAAAGCAACACGCAAUGCCUUUGAAAGUUGAAGCGAAGUAUUUCCUCAUUAUAACUAGUUCAGAGGCCGAGUUUGUGGCAAAUGCGAAAACUUCGCAAGAGGUAUAUGCUAUGGAUGUGAAAACAAUGGUACUUGCGACCAAGGAGAACAUAGUCACACCAAUCCCUCAGAAAAUUCAACCAUUGUUAGAGGAAUUCCAAGAGCUUACUGUUGAUGAGUUGCUGGAUAAACUUCCACCCAUGAGGAACAUUCAGCAUCAGAUUGAUUUCAUACCAGGAGCAAGUCUACCAAACCUACCACACUACAGAAUGAGUCCAAAACAGAGUGAGAUCCUACAGAAGAAAGUCAAAGAAUUGCUGUGA